GUUGGCGUUGACGGAGUUUGAGAUAGAUGGAUGGAUGGAUGGAUGGAUGGAUGGAUGGAUGGAUGGAUGGAUGGAUGGAUGGAUGGAUGGAUGGAUAGAUAGAUAGAUAGAUAGAUAGAUAGAUAGAUAGAUAGAUAGAUAGAUAGAUAGAUAGAUAGAUAGAUAGAUAGAUAGAUAGAUAGAUAGAUAGAUAGAUAGACACGAGUUGAAAUAUGCUUUUUCUUACUACACAUUACAUUUUAAAACACAUUCCAAUAUAAAUGUUUAUACAUUUAAGAUGUCAUUUUUACCUUUCAGGAUCAUGCUGAAAAUGUAUUCCUGAUAUUUACGGAUAUCUUUCAGCACGAAGUUUGCAUGUUCGCGCUUUUCCUGCUGGGUUCUUUCUGGGUAUUCUACGUCUCUCCAAGGGUCCAAAAAAUGCAUGUCAGUUCGUUUGAAAGGUGCCUACCCAGUGCACCGGUUCCCUCCCCGGCUUACAAAUGGAGCGCACCUUUCAGUUUAGCGUUAGCAUCUAUCCAUCCUGAACUCAUACAUUUCGUUUAUUUGAAAACAGCUGCAGGUUACGCUGAUAGUACAGUUUUCUGCAUACUAUUGUUUUUGGAAAUGACAUCUUAAUAUCACAAAACUUCUCCUGUCAGUGGUGAAUGUGUUGUUAUGCGGUAAGACAUGAAGUUUUGGACUACAAGCAUGUCUGUUUUCAUAAGUGUUGUGCCUUUCUGCGGUUCCAAAAUUGGGGUUUAAACUCCGCUGUUUGUCAGCUGUCCUUCCAGUUACAGCCAUGUCUGACAAGCACCACUGUUCAUGUUGCUCCCAUCCCGUCUCCUCCCCCAGUGUUCAUCAGACUCUGGAUGAAAUGGAUUUUGAAAGAGGUAUCUGGUCAGCUGCCCUGGAUGGAGACCUGCAGAGAGUCAGGCUCCUUGUUCAGAAGGGGACUGACCCGAACAUGAAAGAUUCAGCUGGGUACACAGCUCUGCACUACGGGAGCCGUAGCGGACAUCUUGCCGUGUGCACGUUUCUCCUCGAGAGCGGCGCAUGUCCGUCCCCUCAGACUCCGGGCGGGGCCACCCCUCUCCACCGAGCAGCGUACUGCGGUCAUCCGGACGUGGUUCGGCUCCUUCUGCAAAGCGGUGCAGAUCCCGCCGUCUGUGAUGACGAUGGUGCGAAUCCUUUGCACAAGGCUGCAGAACAGGGCCACGCUAAAGUGUGCCAGCUGCUUCUCGAGCGUUGCCCUGCACUCUGCAGCCAGGGGAACAAGAAGCUCCAGCUGCCCUACCAGCUGACACAGCAGGGAGAUCUGCAGGAGAUCCUCAAACCACCCCGGUCAUAAUGGAUGGAGAUGCUAACGUCUCACACACACACACACACACACCCACACACACACACACACACGCACACACGCACACACGCAACACACGUCACAAGAUGAAAACCAUACAUGAUGAUGAAGACCGAGUGUGGGAACUCUGGCAGAGUCGGUAAACGUGGAAUAACAAUUUUAACCUCUGGCAUUGUUCCAGUCUUUGAUCUUUAUUUCAUCGCUUUUGUAUCGUCUGUACUUCUCAAACUUCAACAAAACGUGAAAACAUUUCGAAACCUCAUUUUGAAUUCAGUCAAUGAGUUAAUUUUCUGGAUAAGCUUGGUUCCGCUUCUGUGAAGUUUGCUCGAACUAGAGGGUCAAAAACCCUCUGAAAGUUAAAGUUUUAGAAUGUUAAAAGUGGAUCAAAUCUAAUUUAUUUACGUAGCACAUUCAAGAGCAACCGCCUUUGUUCAAAGUGCUGCACACAAAAACAACAAUAAUGACAGUUAUUCCAACAUGGAUAAUAAGAAAAAUAGAAACAUUAAAGGCCCAACAUGUGAAACUCUAUCAGCACCGAUAAACCCGAUUACAGUAAAGACUGCUCCAUAUUGGUUUGGCUGUUCAGGAUGUGGGUGAUUGGUUCUAAUCUCAGACAGCAGGGGGAGCUGUUGCCUAAUGGAAGAUCACAGUGUUUGGCUUUGGUGUGUAAAUUUCAUGGCAGCUAACAAGAGCGAGCUUACUCAGUUUUUCCUUCACACCACUGGAAAACUUAAUAGCGAAAACAACAUGAGCGCAACAGCUAUGACGGUAAGACGGACACCAUCGCUCAGGCAUACUGCUUCUACAAAAUACAAUCUAGCUCUCAAAAGGAUCGAUUGGUUCCUAAAUCAUCCAACUAUUUAAUUUUAGUAGAGUUUUCAGAGUUAUAAACAACAUGAAUAAUGUAUUUUUCCUAGAUCUGAAUAAAACUCAGUUAAAAAACAAAAAAAAAAGAAAAUCCUGCUCAGCUAAAACAGAUGGAAAUACUUUUAGCUGUUGUCUGGCAUGUCUAACAUGUCAAACCAUGUUAAAUAUGUAACACAUGCAUCUACAGGAGGCAGAUUAACCCCCCUCCACCGCUCUGCCCUCCCUCCUCCCUCUGCGAAUGUGCAGAACUUUAAAAGCUCUCCUCCCGUUUCCCUGGAGCCCACGCGGAUCGGGAACCAACGGCAGAAAAACUUCUCGCUGCAGCCUGGCGCACUUUCAUUGGGUCCGCCGGUGGGUGGUGUUUCCAACCACAUCCAUGCCGUGACUGGAGGGGUGCCAGGCCACAUCUGGAGCUCAUUGCUGCUGACGCCACACAGCACACGGAGAUGGGGUGUCAGGAGGGGGUAGGUUGGGGUUGGGGUAGGGGGGGGCUGUAUUUCAGCUCGGUGGAUCUUUGCCAGGAGAGCUGUUUAUGCUCGGUGACAAGUUCCUUCCCCCACCUACCCCCAACACAGCGGAGGAGCUGGAGCCGGUCGUAUCCCCACUGAAUGUCAAGUGACAGUGAAGGCAAGCGGGUUUCUGGGGCCUUUAUUCAUCUCAGUGACACAAAAAAAAAACCCAAGAAAAAGUACUUUCAGAGUUGAGAGGCUGCUUUACAUGACACCCUGACUAAUAGACCAGCCCCACAGCAUCCUCUAAAAGUGUCCCACUGCAACAUUCUGUGAAACACGAUCAAAGUUGAUGCUUUAGAUUUGUGAGCAGUGAGGUAAUGAAAACCCACUGCAGGAAUGUCGAAGGCCUCAGUCGUUACUGAUCAUUUUUCCUGACCUGGUUUGAAUUUGUUUCAUGUCGAAACAGAUUGAUUUUUUUUUUUCGUCCCUCCUUUUGAAAUAGGUCUACCUAUAUGGGCUGGGAGUUUUCACUUAAAGUGAAGACUUGGACAGGCUUCCAGAAGUUUCAGGAGUUAAGAUCGCUGCUCUAUUUAGCAAGCUUUAUUUGGAAAGCAAUGAAACUUCCUGGGCCUGGAACCCACUUCCACCAUAAUGAGUCCAACUUAAACCGGUACUGGAUGUUAUUUUCCCCUGAAAUAGAAGGUGGUCUGUGUGCCAUGCUUGCACAACGGGAUUUUUAGUCUCGUUUUAUACAGUACGCUUGUCUGCGAGUAGAUAAUGAGAACGACUUGUCAUCAGACCUCUGGAGGCUGACAAAUAUCUCUAUGCAGAAGAGGUGGCUUUGGAACGGAACACACAAAGAAAUAUAUAUGAACCAACACAUAAAUAUAUAAUAUGGUUUUCUUUUAUUUAUAUAUAUAUAUAUAUAUAUUUUUUAAUGGGAAUCUGUCUAUCUUCUCAAGAUGUAAACUUAUAUCAUUUGCUAUCAUUUUUAGCACAAUUGAAUUAAAAAUAAAACAAAUUCUUUGUGAAUUUCUGGGAGAUAUGUAGUAUUUAGGCUUUAAAUCUAGAAACCGAAACAGUGGACUGAAUGAAGGAUUGAUGAAAAGAACAAAAGGAUGGAUGGAUGGAUUAAUGAAUCCGUCCAUCCUAAAAUUUUCCAUCCACAAAGGAUGGAAAAUUUUAUAGAGAGAGGGUUGGAAAGAUAGAUGGUAGAUUGGAUGGAUGGAUGGAUGGAAUAACGGAUAUAUGGAGGAACUGAUGGCUGGCUGGAUUGAUGGAUCGAUAGAUUGAUGGAAGGAAUAACGGAUGGAUGGAUGGAUGGACAGCUGGAAGAAUAGAUGAUGGAUGGAGGAACUGAUGGAUGGACGGAUGGAUGGAACUUUUAUACAAAAGAAUCAACAAUAAAUGUUCUAUAGAUGUCCAGCGCUGGAAAUGGUUAAACUAAAUCCAGCUCCAUCCUGUCCCAGAACCAGGUAUUUUGUUUGCAUUUAAAUGUUGGUUUUCACAGAUGAGAGCAUCACCUGGUUCUUAUCUCCCCUGUCUCCACCUAGACAAAAGCUUCCUAGCAGCCCUGGCAGAGCCGGGGCCCAUCAGACCCAAAGUAAUCAAGUAAAUGGCUGGCAGAUGGAGCGCGCCAUACUCGGGGGUUAGAGAACAGCUUCACGUUCUGCAUCCUGCUCCGGCGAGGCUCUGGGCGAUGGGGGCGUGUGUAAUCAAAUAUAUGGGAGCUGAUCUUCAGAGUUGCCUUAUAAUCCAAUUUGGCCCCGCUCCCACUUCAAAAGAAGCGUGUUGUCUGCUGGUUGAUGGGAUGUUGCAGAUCUUACACGCCCGCUUUCCAGGUCAGUGGGUGAUGGGAUCCAUGAGUCCAGAGGCCGUAGAUCAGCUCGUCCAGGCAGACAGCUCUGCGGUUAUGGGAAAUGUCAGAGUUAUCAGGUGAUCCAGCCAAACACAAACAGAAUUAACUGAUGCGUGUGUGUGCGUGCGUGUGUGUGUUACUGUCAUAUAUUAUUCUCCAAAGCAAAAAUGUUUUAAAAUGCAUGCGAUGGAAGCCAAGUCUUCAACUAUUCUGAAAUCCACACAUCUGGUUGAUAUCAAAACAUGGCAGACAUCAUGCAUGAUUGAGAAAAAGUUCCUGGGUGUAAUUAUGUACAGUCAACAUGCUGCACCUCUUGUGUGAGCGUGGGUACAUCUUGGGAGGGGAAAGUUUAUUUCCCCAGAUGUGUUUUUUUUUUUCUGUCUUUCUUUGUGCCCUGGAAUGGAUGGCUACGUUUCAUUUUUUUAUUGAUUAUGGAGAUGUAAUCUUCUCGAAAGCUUUGCCAGAGAAACAACAUAAGCUGUUCCAUAUGACUGAAAGGGCAAUUAAUGGAGGAUUUGGAGUCAGAUAUCUGGGGCCGUUCAUGGCAGACUGUUGUUAGAAAUCACGCAGUAAUUUAUCACCCCUGAAUCUCCACAGGAGCUUUCCAAAUCAACCGUGCUCCCCUUGUUGUGUUGCUCAAAAGUUUUCCAGUCUGUUAUUUAUUUGCGUCCGCUGUUUGCUUAAGACAAUUUGAAACCUAAUGUCUGCUUUUACCUUUCUGUCCUAUAAACAAAAAAGAUCUUUUCUGCAUUCAGAUACAAUAAAAUUAGGUAAUUACCCACACUGUAAACAAUUAGGAAUGUUUACAAGAAAGUCCUGAUGAUGAUAGCUUUGCUUUGUGAGCUUCUGAUAAGUUAAUUGACCACAUCUGAGUUAAAUGGAGGAAGUAUUUUAACGCAACACCUCAACUGUACAGCUUCCUUUGGGUGACAUGAAGGGAGAAUCAAAAGACAUCAGGAAAGAAAGAGUUCUGUCAAGUAUCAAACGCUUCACGCUGCACUCAGUCAAUCACCCGUUCACACGCUAAUGGUGGAAAGUUACAGUUCAGUAGCUUGCCACCAUCAGAUCACCACCAGCAGGCAAGUUGGGUGAAAUGUCUUGGACAAGGACACAAUGACACGUGGCGGGGAUUAAACUGGCAAUCCACCUAUUGCGUAGCAAACUCCUCCUAACUCAUGUUCAUCAUUAAAUAAAUAUUUGGAAGCAUACAACAACUCCUCAAAUGCCCAGCCUUCUUACCCUUCAGGAAGAAGAUGUGUUCAGUAUACCAGAGAUGAACAUGUUUGAACAGCAAGAGAAUGCCGUUAUUCAGAGUGUAACGAGUCUUGUACCAACAUGGACUGAAAGGCCACUCAGUGGAUGAAAGGCCAAGUAAAAAUUUGUUUGUUUUCUCAGGUAUUGUAUGCACUGGGCCUUAGAGGAGUGGAUGCCCCUGAGGAACUGCACAAUGUAGUUCCAUUUCUAUAAUUAGGCUUCUUCUUGGUUUGCUCUUUGAUUGCUACGGCCUCAUUUACCUUUCUUGCUGUCCAGUCCUCAGUAAGUUCCCUCAGCGUUCUGCCCCCUGGCUCUCCGAGUCAGUUGGAGAAUUCACCUCAAGGUUUUCUGCAGGUCUCCUCACCGUUCCCCUGGCUGCUCCCCUGUUUUGCACUGUGUGGACUCACCACCGUCAACCCACCAUACUUACCUGCCUGUCCAUCCUUCAACCAUCCUUUGUUUGCUCCACCUUCGUAAGGAAGAAGAAAACAAAAGGGGAAACACCACCAACAAACGCCACUCCCCACCAUCAGUCAACCUCAGCCUCUGUGGGUAAAUUCGCCUCCUCCUUGGAAACCCCAGUAAAGCUUUCUUUCUUCCUCCUCAUCCCGUCAUCAUAUUUUUACCUUUCAUCACCCCCUACCUCUGCUCCUCAGUGCCUCUGCGGUAGACCUUCACAGAGUUAAAAAAAGAGCCAUCAUAGGCCUGUCGGAAUAAGGAGGAUACCUGAAAGACGGUGGCUUAUUUGUGUGUGGAAACGUUAACUUUACCUUUAAUGCAACAGUGAGGUCAUCCAUCGCUGUAAAUGCGGUUUUGUGCACCGACUGAAGUCACCGCUUCAGGUCGUUCCCGGACAUCCUGAAGCUCUUCCGGCAUGAUGCAAGCAGUACUGACCUUUGUAGAUUGUCAUGUUUACAUUAUGCCAUUGGGAGUCUUAUCACUUCUCAGCACCAUAAAAGACAACAUAAGAGCAAAGAAAGGAAAUUUUGGUGACUUAUUCAUUGUGUUUGUGCAGUGGUGCUCCAAAAUAAAACUCAUUGAGCGUUUGAAAUUCAACGAUCUUCCACGCUGAAGCCUUCAGAUACAUUUUCAGUUGCUCACAGACCCUAGUGAGCCAAGCUGAGGAGCAAAGGUGACAAUCAGUCACACCUAAAGCAGAGGAGCUGGCAGGUAGUCCCCAACAAUAGCAAACAGCAAAAUGGUCGCAAUGGUGGUGACAAUCCUUCCUUUCAGCCCGGCUCGCUGCAGGGAAUGCAACACCGGGCUGCACGUGUAAUUGAACAAGAUGGGUACGCUGAUGAACUACGACUCAUAGAGACAUGCCGCAGCUCUGUCAGCAGGUGCCCAGCACACACUGGUCCAUUCAUAUGCGCAUUCCUGUCUCUCUGCUCGCCGCCCAGCAGGUUCCUCCCAGGCCACUCAGGACAGGGGCUGACACACACAAAGGGUCUUCAAUCUGCCUCUGACAACAGCCAGCAUAAAGGCCUGGAAAGCCACAACAGCAUUAUGUCAAAGAGCCGGCUGGGGGUAGAGAGCAACGCUUGUGGAUGGGAGGGGGGCACAGUGUAGGACGUGGGGUGCAGGGCACUGCCGAUGGAUGGAUGAGGGCUGGACACAGCCAGCACGGUGGAAGGCCUGGCUGAGUUUUUUUUUUUUUUUUUUUUGUCUAUAAAGGAGGAUAUUUGUUCUCAUUUGGUAACAAUGGAAUGCAAGCGCACACACACACACA